AGAAGGUUCCAGAACCCCAAACAAACCCCACACUCACUAGAAGUCUCUGGUACCCCAAGAAAACCAUUCUCCUAUCUUAUAAAGCUCUCCCCGUCUCCUCCUCAAUCCCCUACACCUGCAAUACCUCAACUUCCUCUGCAAUCUUUUUCUCCCAAAUCUAGCAGCAAUGGCCGACGAAGCCAAAGCCAAAGGCAACGCAGCUUUCUCCUCCGGCGACUUUAACGCCGCCGUCACUCAUUUUACGGAAGCCAUCAACCUCGCUCCCACCAACCAUGUCCUCUACUCCAACCGAUCCGCCGCCUACGCAUCGCUCAACAAAUACUCCGAAGCCCUAGCCGAUGCCAAGAAGACCGUCGAGGUUAAGCCCGAUUGGGGCAAAGGCUACAGCCGCCUCGGCGCGGCUCACGUCGGCUUGGGCCACUACGGUGACGCCAUUUCGGCGUACAAGAGAGGUCUCGAGAUCGAUCCCAACAACGAGGCUCUUAAGUCCGGCUUGGCCGACGCUCAGGCCGGUGCGGCUCGGUCACGCGCCGGACCCUCGCCUAUGAACCCAUUUGGGGACGCGUUCUCGGGUCCCGAGAUGUGGGCCAAGCUCACGGCCGACCCGUCGACCCGUGCCUUUUUGCAGCAGCCCGAUUUUGUGAAAAUGAUGCAGGAGAUUCAGACAAACCCUAGCAAUCUCAAUCUGUAUUUGAAGGACCAGAGGGUUAUGCAAGCCCUUGGGGUUUUGCUCAACGUGAAGCUCCGCGGUGGGCCGGCGGGAGCGGAGGAUGAGGAGAUACCGGAGUCUCCGCCGGCGCCGAAACAACCCGAGCCGCGGAAGGAGGAGAAGAAGUCUGAGCCGGAGCCGAUGGAGGUGAGCGAAGAGGAGAGUGAGGCCAAGAAGAGGAAAGCCGAGGCCAUAAAGGAGAAGGAAGCUGGCAAUGCCGCUUACAAGAAGAAGGACUUCGACACUGCCAUUCAGCACUAUACCAAGGCUAUGGAGUUGGAUGAUGAGGACAUUUCGUAUAUCAUGAAUCGCGCUGCGACAUAUUUGGAGAUGGGUCAGUUGGAGGACUGUAUUAAAGACUGUGACAAGGCUGUGGAAAGGGGAAGAGAGCUAAGGGCAGACUAUAAGAUGAUCGCAAAGGUUUUGACUAGGAAGGGAACCGCGCUGGUGAAGAUGGCAAAAGGCUCGAAGGACUUUGAACCUGCUAUUGAGAUGUUCCAGAAAGCUCUCACGGAGCAUCGCAACCCAGAUACAUUGAAGAAAUUGAAUGAUGCUGAGAAAGCAAAGAAGGAGCUAGAGCAACAAGAGUAUUUUGAUCCAAAGUUAGCUGACGAGGAGCGUGAGAAAGGCAAUGAAUAUUUCAAGCAGCAAAAGUACCCAGAGGCUAUUAAGCAUUACAGUGAAUCUUUGAGAAGGAACCCCAAGGAUCCAAAGGCAUAUAGUAACAGAGCUGCUUGCUAUACAAAACUCGGGGCAAUGCCCGAGGGAUUGAAGGAUGCAGAGAAGUGCAUUGAGCUUGAUCCAACCUUUGCAAAGGGUUAUACCAGAAAAGGUGCUGUCCAGUUUUUCAUGAAAGAAUAUGAGAAAGCUUUGGAAACAUACCAGGAGGGGUUAAAACAUGAUGCUAGCAACCAGGAAUUGCUUGAUGGUGUGCGAAGAUGUGUUCAGCAAAUCAACAAAGCUAGCCGUGGGGAUCUGAGUCCCGAUGAAUUGAAGGAGAGACAGGCUAAAGGAAUGCAGGACCCAGAAAUUCAGAAUAUCCUCCAAGAUCCUGUUAUGAGACAGGUGUUGACUGAUUUCCAGGAAAAUCCCAAGGCAGCUCAGGAACACACAAAGAACCCAAUGGUGAUGAACAAGAUCCAGAAGCUGGUCAGUGCUGGAAUUGUCCAGCUUAGAUGAACUUAGGGGAAAGAUACAAUCACGUAAAAAACAAGCCUUUGCUCAUUCAAAUUGUAACUUUCCGAUGUCCAUUUUGAGUAAUUAGCUCACAACUUUUCAUUUUGGAAAAUUUUGCGUUUCAAUACUAGUGUGGAUGUUUUUGAUAUGUUAGAUCUCUCUCUCUCUUGCUC